CCAAAGAAGACGUGCCUUCAGCUUCCCAAAUACUGCUCCGAACAGAUUUAGGACCCUAUAUCGGUCGCCUCCAGAUCUUCUUCCUCUGACCCCGAGCUCCGCUCCCUGGAAAUAAGUAUAAUAUGAUAUGAUCGCCUACACACGGAAUGGAUAAAUUCCAAGCUCCUAUGCUUUGCAGUAUCUUAAUUCUCCUGUAGGCUUAAAAGUGAGCCUCAUCUCCCAGGCAACUCUUUCCUCGUGACAUAUGCGCACUUGCCCUAUUGACUCCUACUGGUCCAGGCAAUACUCAUGGGAAAAGGUGUCAACCAAGAAUGGCUCGCGCCUCAGUGUCGAAGGAGAUGUUGCACGUACACGUCAAUUACGUCCGGUUACGCCUAUCACACCCGUGAAGUGUAUAUCUUCCAGCUACAAGAAGCUCUUCCACGAAUUGCCCUGGGAAAGCCCUCAGGGUUCGCCGAGGUCCGUCGCUGCCAGCGACCAUUCGAACACACAGUCGCCUCCGUCCUCCUGGGCUUUGCCAUCCCAGUCAGAGUCAUCUAGCCAGCAGGGUCAGGCUUCCUCCACCGAUCGCGCUAGUCCAUCCAUGUCUAGUCAAUAUAUUUCGAGUCAAUCUAGGGUUCAGCAUUCCUCGUUCCUAAACGACGGUCAAACAAGGUCAUACCAUCUUGAUGUCGUGCAACAUCCCCAAAGGACGGCAGAAUUUGGUUCCGCUAGCCUCUCUCGUUUGCCACUAGCGCCACCAGUGGUCGUUCAGCUCAUCGUACGCGAUCGCUUUGGGCAUUCCAUCAUUCCUGAGAUGGAGCUGCCGUUCUUGAUUGCCCACUUGUCGUUGUUCACGGAUGAUGGGUCACGGCCGUUGGACAUGGGCUCAUCACCAAAUGGAGAGGCACCUCCGCGGCGUCUGCUUUACGGAAACCUCGUGUCGUCACCUCAUCAAUUGCGCGACCUUCAGGGCCGUCUUGGAUUGUAUUUCUUGUUUCCCGACGCGAGUAUACGUUGGCGCGGCCGUUUUCAGCUCGGAAUUUCUCUAUUACGGAUAUCAGAGACCGAUGCUUCUGGUGCUAUGAGCAUCGCAUCCCAGGGGACAGUGCUAGCUCAGGCUCGCACACGGUCAUUUGAUGUCUAUGCCCAUGAAAAUUACGUUGCACCGCGUAAGGACCUGGGUUUAUUGUUUAGUUUUCUUGCUGAUGCGGCACCGCCUCUUUCCAAAACAGCCCCUACACGUUUAACACAAAGCUUCCUGAGACAGGGUGCACGAAUCCAUGCCUUCACGCCAAACGGUCCUUAGGCUUUAGAACAUGCGCUCUGAUUCCCCGAUGCAUUUUUGUCUCGUUUGCAUUUCGUUUGUUUUCUGUAUAUCAUAGUCGGUGCAUUCAUUCGACCUUUCCGCACUGACAUCCGUUUCUGCUAUUUCUUGUCCUGCAUGCUCUUGACCUGCUGAUUCCAUAUACCAUCUGGCUAUAAUCGCAAAUACACGUUGAGGGGAUGAGAUAGAUUAUUCAAUUAGAGUUUACAUGCUGCGUCGUUCCAAGCCUCGGUGUUGUAAUAAC